UAUUCUCAUCGAUGAAUGAAUGAAUUUCGGCGAAAACACAGUUGCGUAGUUUCGAGAAAUUUGGCGAGAUAAGAAAUUUACACAGAUCAGUUUAGUAAAGACUCGCGACAGACAGUGAAUGGCGGUCAAGCCAAAUGUGGGAGUGGGAUUCUAGUUUCUUUUUAGAGAUAGUGUCCUCUGCCAUCUAAACCGUAAACGAGCUGACCGAGCUCGGUCGAGAACGAUUUGGAUUACCGUGCGUGUGUGUGGCCGUCCGCCGUGGGAACAAACGUCAACGAACUUGGUUGUGUUUUUGCGCGCUCUCUGUGUAGUGUGGAGCGUUCACUUUGAUGUGGUCACCGUGUGAACCAAACGUGCUUGGAAAGUACAAUGGAGCUUUCUGAUUGAUGUAAACAAAAUGAUAACUGUUGUUGCGGUUGAAAGAAAGAACAUAACUGCGUAGAGUGCAACUUUGCAAGAUUACAUUGGAAUAGUUGCUAACAACUUUAACAUGCCUUUGUUGAACGCAGAACCCGAAGACACCUUGGAGGUCUCCCCCAACCCCAAAUCCCUGGUGCAGAGGCUGGAGAUCCCAGCCAACUUCCAAGAAAUUGACACAGAUGCUAAGAAGUCCUCACUGGGAUGCUCAACGGUCAAAUACGGUGAACUGGUCAUUCUAGGGUACAAUGGCUGUUUGCCUUCAGGCAACCGAGGCAGACGGAGGAGUCGCUUCGGUCUGUUCAAGAGAGAGACAGCAAAUGGCGUCAAGCCAGACAAACAGUAUGAAGUCAGUCCACAGAAAGGGGGACAGAGCCCCAAGAAAGGCAAGCACACAAUAGCCUACACAUUAUCAAGACAUCAGACAGUGGUUGUUGAAUAUUCAUCAGACAACAACACUGACAUGUUCCAGAUUGGUCGUUCCACCGAGCCCGUCAUCGAUUUCGUCGUCAUGGACACGGUACCGGGCGCCAAGUCGCAGGAAGAGUGUACGGUAGCGGAGAGUACGAUAUCCAGGUUUGCUUGUCGUAUCAUCUGUGAUCGGGACCCACCGCACGCGGCAAGGAUCUAUGCGGCUGGAUUCAAUUCCUCUAACAAUAUCUUCCUUGGGGAGAAAGCAUGUAAAUGGAAGACAGAAUUUGGCAUGGAUGGACUGACGACAAACGGUGUUCUCAUCAUGAGACCUAGGGGUGGGUUCCAGUCCGAUGCUAGGCCCGGUGUCUGGAGGGAGGUCUCUGUAGGUGGAAAUAUCUACUCGUUACGAGAGACUAGAUCAUCACAACAAAAAGGAAAACUGAUUGAUGAUGAGGACAACAUUCUUGAAGAUGGCACACUCAUUGAUCUGUGCGGUGCCACGUUACUAUGGCGAUCAGCAACUGGUCUACUCAAAACACCAACCCAGAAGCAUCUUGAGCUGUUACGACAAGGCAUCAAUGACAGCAGGCCACAAUGUCCUAUUGGCUUCAACACACUCGUCCUCCCUAAACAUAGACAUACUUCCAAGAUUGUAGAUGAGAACUCCAAGCAGCCUUAUGCUUACCUCAAAUGUGGUCACGUCCACGGAUAUCAUCAGUGGGACAGUAAGAGUACACAACAGAAGAUGGAGAGAACGUGUCCCAUGUGUAGGGAGGCCGGUUCCUACGAACCUCUCAUCAUGGGCAAUGAGCCUAGCUUCUAUGUCGACUCAGGCAACCCAACGCAUGCAUAUGUUCCCUGUGGUCACGUGUGUUCUGAAAAAACAGUCAAAUACUGGUCGCAGGUACCCCUCCCGCAUGGUACCCAUGCAUUCCAAGCUGCCUGUCCAUUCUGUGCAAUGCCUCUCUGCGGGGAUACCGGUUACAUCAAGCUCAUCUUCCAGGAAGCUAUCGACUAAACUCUUACGGAAGGAUGAUCAAAUCCAGACAUGACAAUCAGGGUGAUUUAAAAACAAACAGAAGAAACAAUCCCUCCACAAUGCCAACCAAAGUUGUAAUUGUUUACAAGCCGGUCUUGGGUCAGGUCUCACAUAACAAACUUAAAUUCAACAAGUUCGGGUGCGAACUAAAAUGUACAAUAGUUCUUACUUGACUCGAACGAAGUUCUUGUCAACUGUAUGGAAGUUCCAUUGCCGGUUACCAGUAGCUGUGCGCAUCAUGAAGCAACAGAAAAGUGUCGUGAUGACGUUUUGGCCAUCGUUUGGCUAGAGGCGUUCGCGUGUUGCUAUUGGUGCGCAGGCGUACGUUACGUCACAAAUCAAGCACUAGUUGACUAAUGGUCCUUGCCUGAACUGGCUCCAAGUUGGUCACUGGCCGGGUUUUGUUUGUUUGGCACUGUGGUGCAACCUCACGCUGCAUAGUACGCCAUAGAGAAAACAUGCGAAUAAGUUGGCUCCAGUUACCUAUUAGAUGCUUUAUAACCCAACAGAUGAUAAUUACGUAGUGCUGCACUAGUGCAUAUCGAUGGUGCCAACAGACAAAACACGACUAACAACUUGUCAUCAUAAUGCCUUUGAGAAAGACACCUUUUCAGUUUUUUAUGUUGGACAAAGAAAUUGACUGGAGCGGGGUUUGAACCUGUGACCUCCGGAUUGCCGUUCCGGUGCUCUACCAACUGAGC